AUUUGACAUGUUUAUGACAACUUAAUUCUGUUGUUUCGAGAUUACAUUUUUGGAAGAUCCACAGCAAAAUAUUGUGUUUACAGGCUAGAAGUAAUAAAAAUUCACAGUGAAUCGUCAACAUAUAAUGGUAAGAAGUUUUCCCAAGGCGCAUGAGAGCAAUAUUAAGGAUACAGAAGACAGUGACAAAUUUUGUUUGGGAAAUCUUGAUUCGUUAAAUUUGAGACUUGAAUAUCCUCCUGUAGCUUUUAGAGGAAGUGCCAUACAGAGCCCCAACACAAGAGAAUUCGAAAAAGGGUCGGGAGAUAGUUUACAAACAUCUAGGCAUCGACAUCCAUUGGAAAGAACACAGACCAGAUCACUAGUUCCUAAUAUUACCAAAUUACCAAAAGGUUAUGGUAACACCCACCCCAAACCAUCUCCAAUUUCUUCAGAUAAUCUCGUCCUGCUAUAUUCGAAGGACCGCAACCCCGAAUAUAUUUCUACAGAACCAAUAAGUCGCAAGGAUUUUCUUUUUCCCUCAAAGAAGAAAACCCACGCGAAAAUCAUUGACGUUGUAUCCGAGGAUAGAAUGUCAAAAUACAACUCACGGAUCAACAAAGUAAAUAGUGGUAGCUUCCCCUUCAAAUUUACUCCCAGUGGAAAUCUCAAAGUCGAGACAUCUCAGGUUGUUUUUUCUUCGAAUAAAUUGAGCGUUCUUGUAGCUGAUCCAGAAAAUACAAAAGUUAGCAUCCACCCUGAAACAAAUCAUAGUAAAAUGGCACAUGAAGCGACGGACGUCUCCAAGACUUCUGCAAUGGACACGAUCAUGAGCCAGGCAGGCUUUUCGAGUUUGGGCACCCUUAUAGGAAAUACUCCCAUACGUAGUGGUAACAAGGAGGCAUCGGAGUACGAAAGUAAACAAACUUCGGAAAUAUUAGAUCCAGAGUUGAAUCUUGGAAGGUUAGGUUAUAACGGUGCCGAUGACAUUUCAUGGCAGAAAGUUCUGUUACCCGAGAAGAAAAAUUUAUAUCUAGAAUUGUAUUCACGAAUCACAAAUUAUACGAAUGCUGACUGCAAAGUAUAUAUCGAUAACGAAGAAUUUAACUGUCAUCUUAUUGUGCUGCAGUGCUACUCGGAAUUGUUUGAUGCCUAUAUAGCGGUCAAAAAAGUUGAAUUGCCAUCAGACAAAUGUAGUGCUAGCGCUUUCGCUUUCAUUUACGAAUGGAUGAUCACCGGUGAACCUUCAUAUAAGGAAUUAAACAGAGAGAACGUAUUGGAUAUUUUUAAUUCUGCGAAAUAUCUAAAAAUCAAAGAUCUGGUCGAGCAAUGUUGGGCAUUCAUUGACCAUGCCGAUGUUUUCACUGAAGACACAGCAUUCCUUUUGUACAUGGACGCCAAAGACAAGAACCUACCUGAAGUCAGGGAACUCAUGCUUCCUCGAAUACAGGGUUUCUUCCUGAUGCUUGUCAGUUCUCAAAAUUGGCUAGAAUUGGAACUUGAAGACAUCAAAAACUUCCUAAAAUCUAAUUACGUUUGUGUCAAUUGUGAAAUGGAAAUAUUCAUGUCGGCUGUUAGAUGGCUAAAACAUGACUGGAUUAAUAGAGACGUAUAUAAAUACGAAAUCCUGGAAUGUGUGAGAUUUGGUAACAUAGCUCCUUGGCAAUUAGUCGAUAUCAAAAGGAAUCCAGAAAACCCAGAUUUCAUGGAAUUAGCUAAAGAUCCGAGAAUUUGCAAAAUGAUCGAUGAUGGAUUAGCAUACGUUAUCAUCAAAUAUUGGUAUGGCCAAGAAAACGACGACUUUCAACAUUGGAAUGCUGUACUAGGCCUCCAAGAACCGCCUCCACGCAAUUGGAGCGGAUCCGAUAAAACUUACUUCACAUACAGGGAGUUUCUCAUCUAUCUAGACCAGUACAGAAGGAAUCAGUUGAUAGAGAAGAACAAGCCAAAAAUAGUCACCAACGAAAAACCAGAAUAUAGGGAACCACCAAGAAGAAAUCAUCUGCCUGUAGAGAAAAGCUCGCCAAGAGUGCCGACAAUGGAAGAAUUCUUAUCUAAAAAAAAGGUAGGUGAAUUGCUUCAAAGACAGCUUCAACAAUCGGAAUCUGGAGACACUACUUCGACUUCGCAAGAUCAGUGCUGCCAGAAAACACAAUAUUUUCCUACUUAUCAGAGAAAACCAAAGAAGUGGAUGACACGACCAGAGGCUGCGACAGUAAUACAAAAAGCUUACAGAAGAUUCAGGCAAAGACAGAUUUCAAAACUACUAACUUCGGAAGCUUACAAGAAAAUGAAGAAAAAUGAUUGUGACAAAAAAUCCAAAAGAGAAAAAGUACUGGGUAUGUUCUCCAAGAACAGAAUAGUUCAACCACAAAUAAUGACUGUACUCAAUGAGAAUACUCAUACAUUGCGGACAGUACAGAGCAUUCUGGUGAAGCAUUCUCUUUUUCAAAAAAAUCGUGAAACGGUUUUGGUAAUCGGUGGAAUCGAUCCCCAUAGCGAUUAUGGAGCUGGAAGGAAUACGGGAAAAGAUAUUUUUCAAUACGUUUACAGCGAUAACACAUGGGAAUUUGUAGGAGAACUACCGGAACCUAGACAUCAUCAUUGUGCUGCGUUCUACAAAGGAAGAGUAUUCAUUGUUGGAGGUGGGGAUCCUCGCCAAAAUGAAAGUUCAAAAAAAUCGGAAGCAGUUGCCUCGGUAUGGAGCUUUGACCCAGUAAGGAGAAUUUGGUUCAAAGAAACAUCUUUAUGGGAGGCAAGGAAAAAUUUUGGAAUGUCAUGCUGCAGUCUAGGCUUGUAUGCCAUUGGUGGACAAGGAAAACAGUGUCAAGCUCUCAGAACUGUGGAAAGGUAUAGAUUUGAAAGCAGAAACUGGGAAAAUAUGGCCCCCCUCAUUAAAGCCAGAACUGGUUUUGCUUGUAUCAAGUAUAGAAAUCAUAUAUGGGUUGCAGGUGGACUGUCAUCAGGAAAUAAUGAAAGCAUUGAUAUCCUUGAUUCAGUCGAAACCUACGAUAUCAAAGCCAAUCAAUGGACAGAGAUGAAUUUCCCUUUGCGUUUUCCGAGAUGUUUUUCGUGUAUGUUCGCCAUGUACGACAAGUUAUACAUCAUCGGCGGAGCGGGAAAAAUAACGGAAAAUAACACGUGCACGACGAGCAUCGGCAAUAUAGAUUAUUGGAACGACAAGAAACUGGAAUGGAAAACUGUCACUGAGCUCAGUAUUCCUAGACACGGGCACGCCGUUUCGAGUCUCGGUACUCAGAUUCUGAUCGUCGGGGGAGUGACGACAAUAUAUGGAAGAGCGCUUAGCAAUACCGAGUGUUUCUGCAGUCAAAGAGAAACAUGGGUACGAGGACUUGCUUGUCUACCAACACCUUUGUCUGGCCAUUCUGUAGUGACGCUUCCUCCAGCAUCACUUUUAUCGUUUUGAAUUUGAAAUUUUCAAUUUCGAAUCUGAAAAACACCGAGCACAUCGAGUAUUGAAAAACAGAGAAGAUUCUAAAAAAACUACUAUUAAUGAUGAAACUAAACUGGAACCAUUAUAUUUAUCUACAAUAUACAUAUAUGAUUGAGUUGGACCUCUAUCCAACAAAUUAAUGACACUAGGUUACAAAGUAUUCAAGGUAUCAUUUUCACUCAAACCUUAUUUUUCAUUUAUCAUUUAUGUUAUACAUAUUUUCUUUGGAGAAGAAUAAAUAUAUAUCAAGAUUCA